AUGGCGAAAUCUCUAUUCAGUUCAUCAGGAUUCGAUGAUUGGAGAAAUGGAACAAAACGAAUAAAAGAACAUGAAGAAGGUAUGGAGCAUAAGAAUUGUCUGUUAGCGUAUACGAAACGUAAGAGUGCAACUGGUUGCAUUGAUGAGCAACUUAUCCUACAGCCUUCUCGUGGAUUAGCUUUUCGUGGAGAAAAUCAAAAACUAGGAUCAACACACAAUGGAAAUUAUUUAGGGUUACUAGAAUUAAUUAGUGAGUAUGAUCCUUUUCUUAAAAAUCAUUUUCAAAUCUACGGCAAUAAAGGCAAGGGACAAACUUCGUACUUAUCUGCAAAUAUUUGUGAAGAAAUUAUACAAUUAAUAGCUAAACAAGUAGCUUAUUUUAUAGUUGAGGAGCUUAAAAAAUCAAAGUAUUAUUCUAUUUGCGUUGAUUCUACACCUGACAUUUCGCAUCAAGACCAACUAACAUUUACUGUCCGCUACCUCAUCAAUGAUCAGCCAAUCGAACGAUUUUUGGCAUUCAUACCGAUUGAAGCUCAUGGAUCUGAGUACUUGUCUAAUGUUGUAACUAAAUUUUUAAAAUAUACUAACAUCUCUAUAGAAGAUUGUCGUGGUCAAUCGUGCGACAACGCAUCAAACAUGUCGGGACAGUACUCAGGUCUCCAAGCUAGAUUGAAAGAAAUUAAUAAAUACGCCGAAUACGUACCGUGUGCGGGUCAUUCUCUUACUCUAGUUGGUGUAAAAGCUGUGGAAUGUGGCAAAAAUUGGCAUCUGCCUUAA